CAUAAAAUUAGUCGCCAUCUUUGCUUCAACAUUUCAGUUCAAUCGCCGAUCGUUCUACGAUUUAGCGGGCGGUUAUCGCCGUUUCUUCAAUGUUUUGCUCAAAUCAAACUAUAUUUUCCUUGUAUAAAGCCACGUGAAAAAAUCUCGAAUUUCCGCGCGUUAUUUUGAUGUAAAAAUGAGUUUUUUUGGAUUCGGUCAGACGGCAGACAUCGAAAUCCUUUUCGAUGAUGCUGACAAACGGAAGGUGGCCGAAGUGAAAACGGAUGACGGGAAAAAGGAGAAGUUAUUGCUCUAUUACGAUGGUGAAACAGUGUCUGGACGUGUAAACGUUACCCUGAGGAAGCCAGGAUCGAAGUUGGAGCACCAAGGCAUCAAGGUCGAACUAAUAGGUCAGAUUGAAUUGUUCUACGACAGAGGAAACCAUCACGAGUUCAUAUCUUUAGUCAAGGAAUUGGCACGCCCUGGAGACUUACUGCAGCACACUUCGUAUCCUUUCGAGUUUGCAAAUGUUGAAAAACCGUAUGAAGUUUACACAGGCGCGAAUGUCAGAUUACGAUACUUUUUGCGAGCUACGAUAGUUCGGCGGCUAACAGACAUAGUAAAAGAGGUGGAUAUAGCUGUGCACACGCUAUGCAGCUAUCCCGAUGUUCUAAACUCAAUAAAAAUGGAAGUAGGCAUUGAAGACUGCCUUCACAUAGAGUUUGAAUAUAACAAAUCCAAAUAUCAUUUGAAAGAUGUUAUAGUGGGCAAAAUAUACUUUUUACUUGUCCGUAUCAAAAUUAAACACAUGGAAAUAUCAAUAAUCAAAAGGGAGACAACAGGUUCUGGGCCUAAUACGUUCACAGAGAAUGAGACAGUUGCGAAGUAUGAAAUUAUGGAUGGGGCCCCUGUGAGGGGUGAAAGCAUUCCUAUAAGAGUAUUUCUAGCUGGUUAUGAUUUGACGCCGACAAUGAGAGACAUAAGCAACAAAUUCUCCGUACGGUAUUAUCUAAACUUGGUCUUGAUGGACACCGAAGACCGACGUUACUUCAAGCAACAGGAAGUUACACUUUGGAGGAAAAGUGAUAAGUCAAGAUUACAAUUGCACAACCCUCAUCAUCCGCAGACAUUAUCUCAUCCAUCCCAUCCACCGAGGCAGCUAAGUGGUUCGAGUGAAGAUAACUCCGCCAGAGGAGUCUCUCCGUCACUGCCUGAAAAUUCCAUGCAAAGAUCGGUAUCACCAUCUAUGGAUGGAGAACGUCGUAAUGGGCCUUCAGAGAUGGAACAAGAAAAGCCAGAUGUGAUAACAACAAAAAUGGCUAAUACCCACAUUGAUCAUGAAGUUGAAAACUCUGUGGUCAAAACACCCGAGGAACCUGUGGAAAAGCCACCAAUAGCAGAUAAACCGCCGCUUGUGGAGAAACCAUUGGUUGCCGAAAAACCUCAGAUUGCUGAGAAACCUGUACUGAAUAGACCAGAGGAAGCGAAUCAAACUCAAUAGCCCAUAUGUACUUGUUUGGUGGACUUGACAGUCACUGACGAAAUAAACUGUCUGUUUUCAUAUGUGAAAACAAAUGUUUAGAGAGAAACCAAUUAUUAAAAACACAAAUUGUUGCCCUAGUAUCACUGUUCUUUUUGUGCUGGAAAUUUUUUUGUAGUGUUUACAGCAUAAAAAUAAAAUGUUAAAAUGGACUAUAUAAAAUGUAAGUGUACAUUGCUGUAAGCCCUAACAUAAUAAAAUGUUAUAAAAUAGUUACUUUUAUUGCAGCAGAGUUGUAAUGAAAGUUUGUUUUUUGUGUAAAAAUGCAAUAUCUGCUAUAAUUUGCAAAUAACAACAAAAAUGCAAAAAAAAAAUUGUUGGUAAAUCUUACUGGCCAUUUAGAGAAAGCAAUUUUAAUUUUUAUCGAUCCAUUCUUAUUUUAAAUAUAUAGCUAAGUAUUAUUAUCAUCAACUAAAAUAUGAUAUAAAGCAUACUCUAAUUAUUUUUUGUAAUAUUUUUCUUUUAUCAUAUAUGCCUGUGUAUACUUAAUUUUAAGAGCAAAGUUGCUUCUAUUAUCUCCAUUGUUUGUUGAACUCUAUUGGUUGGAAUUUACUGUUAUCACUAUAAAAGCAUUCACUUGUUAAUAGCUGUAAUUUAUAAAGAAAUCUGUUGCAUUUUAUUUUACAAAAAAACUAAUUUUAACAUUCGUGUUGGCAUAAGUCUUGAAACCAAAUUACAAAAAUAAAUAGGAAUUAGAUAGAUAAAAAUUGGCCAAUAAUAUAGUGUUUGGCAUGAAGUGUGGCAUAAAAAAAAAAUUAUAAGUAGGUAUAUUGAUUAAAAUCUGGCACCUUGGUAUUUGGGAUUUCACAUUGUACAAUAAAUUUGUGUAAAUUUUGUAUAGAGUUGAGCGAAGGGUUAAAAUUGUAUAAAAAUGGAAUAGGAAUGUUUGUACUACUCUGUAGUGUGUCAGAUGGAUUUUUCUUGUUUUUGUGGUCCCAAGAAUGAGAAAUAUAUGCAUACAGAAUAGUCUCUCUGACUUUAGCUAUUUUAUAUUUAAAUUUUGGAAUAUCAAUUAUUUUUUCACCUCACCAUAAAGAUUUUGUCAUCUUUUACGGCCUUAGAAUGCUAACAGUUUGCACACUAGUAUUUUACGUCAUUAUAGCCACAGUUUUAUAAUUUUAAUAACGAAAACUCAAUUGUACGUAGCUAAAAUGUGGAUUGCGUAACAUUUAAAAAUUAGACCAUUGCCUUUAAAAUGUUGUUGAAAUGUAAAAUCUAUUGGUGAACACUAGGCGUCAAGAUAUUGUAAUUGUAGUUAUGCUAAUUAAACUAUAAAAAAAAACUCCCAACAGGACAGGAAAAUGUAAAAUGUUGACGCUCCUCAUGGCGUAACGGUUACGUCAUUGUACUGUUUUAUGACGUUAAGUUUCUAUUUAUUAAAAAAAAAUCAUGAAAUAAUCGAAGUAAUAACGAAAGAUUUUGUUUUUCGUUAACAAUAUUUUUAUUAAAUUUUGGAUUAUAUCUUUCUAUAACUGAUUUUAAGUAGUCAUCAAUUUGCUACUUCAAUAUGUGCAUGUACAAAAGUCCAAAUAAAUCGUGAUAAAGUACGUCCUUUGUCAAACUCGGUCAAAAAUCGCCCUAACGAUUGUUGUUUCCGAUGCUAAAGUACCUACUUCAAUUUGUUUCAAUUGAAAACUGUCUGUCACAAUUGAACUUUGAUAUAUGGUACUAUCGUUAAACAAUCUUAAAACACAAUGAAAAUUGGAUACUUUGUCUAUGGUGUUGUGAAAAGAACAUUUUAUUCAAUUUUUUUUUUUUUUUUGGAUUUAUCAUCAUGUAUUCUGGUUGGUUAAUCCAAGUCAAGGACACAACUACUACAUGUAUGUACCUAAUGGCGUUAUAUUGUAAGGCAAACAUACAGACAUGUUGUAGUGAAAAUCACGCAUUUACAAAGGACUUCAUGCUCAUCUGAAUGAGACUUAUCUGUAAAAAGUUAUAUUAAACGUAUGUAAUUAUUGAAUCUUAUGUAGUUAUAGAUAAAUGAGCCCUGUGGGACUAGAAAUGUGUUAUGGUUAUGUCACAAAAUUUCUUUUUAUAGUAUAUGCCAAUUUAAAAUAGUUUCGUUGCAAAGUGUUCAAAUUUUAAGUUACUUUCGCCAGAACUAAAUUUAAUCACAGUAGCAGUAUUUAGCUAAAUUUUAUUUGUUACUUUCGCGCAUAGAUUGCCUGUGCUGAUUUUUUUUCUUACGUUACCUAUGAGUUUGUUUCGUUGUAUAAAAAUUUUUUACGUCCCACACAUAUUAUAGCCAUCUCAACUACGGCUCAUUAAAAAUUGGUGACACAAUCAAACCUUUUAGUUUCGCAGGUUGGUUAUUCCUUCUAUUGAGAUAGAUUAACUCAUUAUUUUAUGUAAAUUAGAAAAGUCCAUACUAAGUACGUAAAACAUUAUUGUGUUAUUCUUUUUGAUUUUAGUACCUUAUUGUAUAAAAAGAUAUCUUUUUCUAAUGGAAAUAAGAAAGCAUGUCUAUUAUAUCAUAUUGUUAAUAAAAUAUAUGUAUAAAUUGCUGAA